GUUCUUCUCGGCUCUGAAUUAACUUCUUCACCUUCUGCUACACUUUGGUUCUUCAACCCCCACAAAGACUCUGCAAACAUACAGUACUCACACAUCUCCCAUGAAUCUUCGAUCAUCGGUAGAAUCUUGAUUUAAAGGAAACUAAAAUGCACAAUUCUAGCCAACUCAGGAAAGAGUUUAUCAAGAAAUGGAUUCAUGGUCUUCAAAUAUGUUGUUCUUCAAAGAAGCACAUGAAUCUCAUGGAAAGAAAGAAGAAAAUAAAGCUUUCUGCAGACAUUGCUUUGGCCUCUGCCAAAAAUGCUACAACUUCUUGGAGUAAAGCUCUAAUUGCAGACGUCAAAAUAGAUGAAGAAAACAUGAUUCUUAUCAACAAUUUAUCAGGCCCAGAAUCGAAGUUCGUAGGUGCACAUGACCAGAGGGUAACUUGCCACAAGAGAAUCAGAAGCAAGAAGAUCUUGAAAAAGAGUUGUGGUGUAGGUAAACGAAUAAAGAGGAUGGGAUCUCGUAGAUCGGAUUUAGCUACAUGUAUUGCUGAAAGAUUGGUGAAGAAGAGAACAAAAGUGCUUAAAAGACUUGUACCAGGUGGAGAAUCCAUGGAUGAAGUCACCAUCAUUAAAGAAGCAUUAGAUUACAUACUUUCUCUUAGGGUACAGGUUGAUGUAAUGAAGAAUGUUGUGAAUGCUACUGGGGUUUUGGAUUAAAAUAAUCAGAUGAUAGCUAUCAAUUAAUAUGUAACUUGAGUUUGUCUC